AUGGGUGAAGAAAAAUAAGCUUUGUUUUUGUUUUUUUGUUUUUUGUUUUUUAUCGGCAAAGCAGCGUGUCGGCUUUUGGACUUUAGCAAAAUGCUUCAACAUAACAUUUAUUUCUCAGGGAUUAUUGUCUCACUUUGACAUGGCUUUUUUUGUGCAGUGUUGCUAUCUGCAGCACCCGAUAUGUUGGCCUAAAUCUCAUCCAGUGAAGCGAUGAGGCAGGUCUGAAUGAUGACUUUUGGUGAUCAAAAAAAAAGAAGCUGGAAUAAAACAACCACUGUCUUGUAUAGAGCUGUGUCGAACUCCCCUGUUUUUUAUUCCUCUUUGUGAAGUCGACGACACGAUACUGAAGCUUCUGUGUUAACCAUGUAAUAGCCCCUCUCCCUCCUGUGGUCUGUUUAUGACGUGAAUAUGUUCAGUGUGACGUGAUGCUUGAUGAAAUCGAUGAUCUCUCUUCAUUUUCUCAAACAGCCCUGGAAACAAUCUGAACUUUUAAUGUGAUGAAACUGUUAGAAACUUUUCAGAAAACUAUUAUUUAAAUCUGAGUCACAUCUGUGGUAAUACCAUUUUUAUCAUAUUUAUUAUAUCAGGUUUAGUUUUUAGAUCUUAGCCUCCAUUCAUUCGUCUCUCUACUGCAUGUCAUCUCUGCUCCAGACUCCAUUUUUCCUUCAACACUCUCUUCUCCAUCACUCCCUCCCACACAGCCUCCUCUCCUGUCAACACUUCACCUUCCUUGCCCUCCUCUGGAAGUAGCACCCCCUCUGCUUUUCCCUCUUCUUCCUCCUCCUCCUCUUCUACCUCCACUAAGCCCCACAAUGUGGAGGCCCGGGAGGCAGAGGUGAGACUGUUGCCCCCUCUGCUGAAGGACCAGGCCUGGGGGGUUCACGCCCAGGAGGCCUUCCUGCUCUUCUGCUUGGCCCUGGGUGAGUGGUGCCUAUGACGCUAACUCCUGAAAGCAACCUUUUCCCUCAUGCUUGGUUUGGAAACCCUCUCACAUUUUUAUUUUAACCCUUUCUUUUCUCUCUGCUGUGAUUUUCCACUCACUCCCUUUUCUACUUCUUGCAUGUUCCUUUAAAACAACAAAAAAAAAGACUAACCAGGGUUGUGUGUGUGUGGUUUUGGACUUCUUUAAAACAAACCUGCCUGGACUUGUGGAGAACAGUAAAUCUGAAGUCUCAGUGUGUGAGUGUUUGAAAAAAAAAAGCAAACUCUGGAUUAAACUUUCAGUGACCUGGUUGUCGAAAAACUCUCAAGCUGAUAUUCUUAAAGGUACAGUUGUUGUGUUCCAUAUUGUAUGAUAGCACCUUGAGUUGAAAAUGUAAAAAUUAAAAUGGAUCCUCAUCCUCAGAACAGAUUAUACCACACUCAAAUGUCUUACACCUCAGUACUUUAUCUGGUUAAUUUCUGUGCCUGUAAACAAAUGUAGAUAUGUUUGUAUAUAUGGAAAAAUACAGUUGGAAGAUGUAUAUAAUGCUAAGGAGCUAUUUGAGACUGUUGCUAUGGGAAGGGAGGCUAAAUAAAUUGUCAAAUGUUUUCAAUACUGGCUUGUUUUCUUCAAUAUUUUUGCUUUUGCAAAGUGUAAAAGAAAAAUUAGAGUAACUUAUAUAGUAACUUAUAUAAGCUAGCGUUUAGAUUAUAUGAGUCAUAUGCUAACUGUGCAUCUUAAAGGUAAGUGUUCCUGUUUUUGUUGGAGAUCUGAGUUUUAGCGCCGUGCCGAGUCUUGACCAUAACAGGUCAAAUACCAGGUCCCGUUCUGUCCCUCAGGUCCCAGUGAUGUUCACAUUCACUGGCUAAUAAACGGCCACAGUCUCGACACCCCCAUCAUGGAGUACCGCCGCCCGCUGGGUCAGAGGGAGGUCCUGGUGAGCAGCUGGCUCCGUGAGGGGCCUCUCAUCAAGGACGCCCGGUACCACUGUGUUGCCGAGGCCAGCACAGGAAAUGACAUGUCUGAGGUGGACCUCCGCCUCACUAUUGGAGGUACAUGAACUGGGUGUCAAGGCUGUAAAAGAGAAAAUUGUAUGUAAAAGGGUAUCAGAGGAGAGCAAGGCUGUUGAUCAGUUCAUGGGCAUCUGUGUAUGGAGGCAUAGAAGUGCAAAAAAAAAAGGUGGAAAUUUUUUAAAAAUGAAAGAAUAACUAAUAGCCUACAUUUAAAGGGAUAUUCCGGUGUAAAAUUAAUUUAGGGUCAAACAUAACGCAACACCUAGUUCGACACCCCCUUGAGAGAUGAAUGUUGCCGACCACUUUCUUCUCUAAUUAUACCAACUUUAGUGAUGACCACACGAUAGCAAUACACAGCGGUCUGAGGAGACAUAAACAAACCUCAACCAAAACGCCUCUCUAUAGCCACAAAUAAUGCUCAGAACAGCACCUAACUUCAUCAACAGGACAUAUAGGGUCCCAGCCAUAGUACUAGCCACCAAACAUCUUUUUAACUUUGCGCGAUCUUUUUAGCAAAGAGACUAAACACAACUCAUCUACUCUCUUCCAGCAGCCACUUGUUUGUAGCAAGACCUCAGGCCAGUCCAUUGCAGACUACAGCGGGGUGACACAGCUCAAGGAAGAACAUUUAUGAUCAUUUCUUUAUGGAAAUGCAAUCAGACCAAGACACUAAGGCAGAAGAACUACCGCGUCUGCAGUGCAAAAUAAUUAAUAUGAUGAUUAUUACUUAAAGGAAAUGAUAGAGAAAUGAUCAUAAAUGUUCUUCCUUGAGCUGCGUCACCCCAUAGCAGUCCGUAAUGGACUGGCCUGAGGUCUCGCUACAAACAAGCGGCUGCUGGAAAAGAGUAGGUGAGUUGUGUUUAAUCUUUUUGCUAAAAAAAUCGCGCAAAGCUAAAAAGAUGUUUGGUGGCUAGUAUUAUGGCUGGGACCCUAUAAGCACUAUUGAUAAAGUUAUGUGAUGUUCUGAGCAUUAUUUGUGGUUAUAGAGUGGCGUUUUGGUUGAUGUUUGUUUAUGGCUCCUCAGUCCACUGUGUAUUGCUAUCGUGUGGUCGUUACUAAAGUUGGUCUAACUAGAGAAGCAAGAGGUCGGCAACGUUUAUCUCUCAAGGGGAUGUCUAACUCAGUGUUACGGUGUGUUUGACCCUUAAUUAAUUUUACGCCAGAAUAUCCCUUUAAGAAUAGUACAAAGUCCACAAGUCAAACUAAGUAAGCACAAUACUUAGGUAUUGUAAUGCAGGGUUUGAAUGAUUUGCAAACCAUGACAUUCUCCUUUGAGAGUUGAGUUAUUAAAAGUAACAUGUACAGUAAAUUUUAAUGUGACCUUUUCCACAUUGCAACUUUUCAAGGGCCCAGUUCUCCAUCAAACAGGCCCUUCUUUGUUUACUUUCACAUGUUCAAAUCACAUGUUCAUUAUUUAUACAGUCUUUAAAGAUUGAAUUAGUUGGCCUCUACUCCACACAUAAUUUCCACCUUCACUUUCUGUUACAGAUUGAUAUAUUUUGGCCCUCCUGUGACUCCAUACAUGUAACAGUUUGUCUCCAUAAAAAGAUGUUGUUGUUUGACAGAUGAGGAGAGCAUUCCAUCCAGGGAUUUGAACCAGUGGAGAGGUGCGCUCGCAGAGCAUGAGCAGCUGCUAAAGAGAUGGGAAAAAGCCUGGGUAGGUCAAUGCUCUUGCACGUGCAUCUUGUCCUGAUCCCAUAGAGGUUGCUGUGCAGUUUGUUGUCCAGGAUUGACUUACUCUGCAUGUUUUCUUUUAGGUUAGACAUUCGGACUCUUCCUAGUUUGAAGUUUAAGAAAAGCUCAAUGAGGUGAUGGCAAGUAGUUUAAAGAUGCAUGGCUGAUUGAUAUUACUGUUCUGCCAAAAACCUUUAGUGCGUUUUCCACAGUCUGAAGUGCACUUACCAUAUCACCACCCAUCCCCCUCAGCUUUAAGCCGUUUCAUCUAAUUGCAUUACAUUUAACUAUGUUUCUGUUACAUAUGAUAUAUUAACCACAUCCUGCUAACUGCUUUGAGCAUAAAACACCUUUGUUCCCCUUAAAAGGAUCACCAAAGGAUUCAUAAAAAAGUACAUGCUCAUACUUAGACUUAAUGUAGCUAUUGAUCAGCGGAUAAAAAGCCACUUUUGAAUUUGCUCAGUAAUAAUCAGAAUACUUACAAUGCAAAAAAGCGGGGGUAUAAAAACAAGAUAGAAACACUACAUCUGAUGGAAAAGUGAUAUUAUCUGUCCAUGCAGCAAGAUCAUUUUACUUGACAAGAUUUUCCUUAAUUAAAAUUGUCUACAAAUGUGUUUGGAAGUCUUAAAGUAAGCCAAAAAUCCUGGUUUUAAGAUCAGAUUACUUGAAAUUUAACUUUUACAGCCCCCCAAAUAAGUAAAAUUUACUAAAUUUAAGCAUAAAAUAAGUAUAGAAUGCUGGUUUUAAGAUCAGAUUACCUUAAAUUUAACUUUUACAGCCCUUAAAAUAAGUGAAAUGUACUAAAUUUAAGUAUAAGGUAAGGAGAAAAUGCUGGUUUUAAUAUGAGAUAACUUAAAAAGUAACUUUUUUACAGCCUCAAAAUAAGUAAAAUAUACUUAAUAUAAGCAAUUACAUAUUUUUUUUCUUACUUUAAGCAAAUUAAGCUGAAGAUGAGUUCAACAAAACUCUUUUUGAUAAGACUAUAACUUAUUUUAACUGUUAUUUUUCUCAUUUUAAGAUUUCCUGCCUAUUUGAGACAAAAAAAAAGAUAAGAUUUUGUUUGAUAUAUGAUCCAAGUGUAAAUUUUAACACUUAAAAUAAGAAAUUAAGUCUUAAAACAAGAGAAAUUAUCUAACAAUUGUAAAUCUACGUUUUUUUUGUCUUUGUAAGAACCAAAUCAUUUGCAGUGUAUAAAUUUAAGAGGUUGUGCGGCAGCUUGGAGGUCUACAACAAGGACAGUUUGUCUUGCUUGUUUCCAUCCUCCUCCACUCCUACAGCACAGCUCUUUUUUUCCCCCCUCCACAGGAAAGCUGUGAUGGCCACUGA